AUGAGCCUGGAUCUACAGAUGUCAGGAGGUAGACUUGUUGUUUUAGAUCGCGCUGGUCGUGAAGCCAAGUUCUACAAUUUAGCUGAGGGCUUUGCAACUCUUGGAUCUGAUCUUGCUUGCAACAUUCGCUUAAUGCUCCCUGCUGUCAGUCCACAUCAUGCAACUGUUGUAGUUCAUACUCAUCAGACUCUGGUCCAUAAUGUAUCUGAGGGAGAGACCCUAGUGAAUGGUGAACCAGUGAGUGUAGCAGCCUUAAACCACAAUGAUGUUAUAUCAUUAGGUGGAAGAGACCUUCGUUGGGAGUAUUUUGAUCCUCAUCUACAUCAAUCAACAUCAAGUAGGCCACUAGCAGCUCCUGGAGUCACUACAGCGAGUGGUCGUGGAAAAGCCCGUACUCGAGAUCGUCAAAGCCUGCCUUACCGCAAUAAUCCUUUACAGUAUCCGCAAAGAGCAUCCAUGCCAGCUACAAGUGUUAAACAAGUGGCAAUUGUGCAACCCCAGAGACGAGACGCAACAGUGCAGUCUAGCAAGUUUUCGGUCAUGUUAAACAUACAACGGCAAGAUAACAUAACAAUUGCAUCUGAACAAGCUGAUACUACUUUGCAAGAAAGUACAAGGAAUCGACGAUCAAAUCUGAAAAGUCCCCAAUCAAGUACAACUAAAGCUUCGCAAUGGAUCGAGUCACGAAAAGGUACUCGUUCUAUUACACCGCUGAGCUCUCGGCUACCACUGUCCACUAUGAGACCAGGAGUGACUCCCUCCGCGUCGCAGGCCAAAGUCACAGCGGAAGGUGACACGCCAAGGUCGCGAUCAGCUGUGAAUAUUCGGCCUGCAUUCUCACCGUUGCUUGGAUUUCAAUCGAAGCCCGUUGUGGCCUUAACCCGGCUGGUACUUACACCGACGCGAACGGGCGGGACAUCGAUGCGGUCUAAAUCUACGCCACGGAUUGUUAAACGCGUGCUACCGCCGCGUUCUAGGACUCUUACGACGCGGGCGAAAGCGCUCGCCGAAUUGACGCCCGUGAAUCGUGCGCGAUCGGCGAAUUCUUCGGGUACGCUGCGCAGGGACACCUCGCUACGGUCCACAGUGUUGCGAAGAACCCAAAAUAGACCAGUCAAGAUUGAGGCACCGACAAAAAUUGACCAUACUAAACAGGCGGCGAUAAUGUUGAUGACGCGUCACACUAAAUCGAAGUCUCCAGGAACACCUGCUAUAACUGUAACUCAGACAACACCCAUAAAGACACCUAAAGCCAGCUCCAUGCCGAAACGGUCCUACUCGCAGGGUUCUAUAAAACGGCCGACAAGGAGUGAUACUUCACUUUUAGAAGUAAACAAUUCAGUGGUGUCCGUAAGGAGAAGUAGUUCUUGCCCGUCAUCACGAAAGAGUGUUAUGAAAUCGGCCCUAAAAGACCCUAAAAGCGCUAGAAAGACAGAGUCCAUCAAGUUUGAUUUAAGCAAUUUGGAAAAUGAAAACAGAUCAUCAGAAGCUAUAACAAUUGAUACAACUAAUCAGUCCUACGAUAGCGUGUCUGGCAAUCUUUCAUACAUGGAAUCCCCUUCACCAAAAAGACCAGUAUACUCUAGAAGCAGUCGCAUCAUUGAAAAGACCCUAGGAAGUCCCAUGUGUCUAGUAGAACGCAGUUAUUCAAACAUUUCAGUCGCUUCUCAAAGAAGAAGUUCGCGUGGUUCGAUUAUUGUUAAGAAAGCUCUAGAAAGUUCAGACGUUGAAAACUCACAAACUUCUGUAAAAACUGCAUCAGAAAGUAAAUACUCUGUUUCUAAGGCGACAAAAAGCUUACGUUCGUCUAAUACGGAAAACUAUUCUAUAGUUGAUUUGGUUUCAAUGGAUUCGACGGCAUAUAAUACGAUCGAUUCCACACCUUUUGGGACUCCACGCAGUAAUAGCAGAAGAAAUAGAUCCGCCGAAGGCACUAUACUCUCGAGCACACCAUAUAAGUUACCUCACAAUCAAAGUAUGCUGUCAAACUCUGUAAAAUCCCCGGCGCUUACUCCGGAAAAUAGCGAUAAUAGUAAACCGUUACCCAGCAUUAGGGUGUCUAGACGGUCCCGCAGUCGGUCUAGAAUCAAUGACAGUGAAAUAUUAUCUUUGGAAGAUGAAGAUUCCCCUAGAACAUCAAAAAGAACCGUUAAGUCGGCACCCAGUCCCUUAGUUCCGAAGAGCUUAUCUAUCAACAUAUCAAGAAAUCUAGAUGGCACGGUCACACCCGAGAAUGUCCCGAAUAAUGACGAAGUCAGCACGCCCGUGCUUAGUAUUCAAAGACUUUUAGAUUCAAGUCGCGGAUCGUUCUCAUCACAGAAAUCGAUAAGAAAGAGUGCAAUCGGCAAUAGGAAUACCACUAAUCCUAAUCACGACCGUAGCAGCAGAGCGAGAUCUAAGUCACUCGGCGUGACAUCAAAACCUGAUGAAGAAGCAGGUACGGUAACACCCACUGGAAUGGUUGUCCUAGUACGAGAAGAGUUGAAAAAUAAACACUCCACAGCUAAAAAACCACAAUCGAAGAAAUCUAUUAUCGAUGACUUGAAUCAAUCGGACAUAGUAAAAGAACUUUUUAGCAGUCCAGUGAAACGAAAGCUGUCGCGCAGUAUGAUUGAGUUUUCACAGAAAAUGUUUGAUGACGAUGACGUACCAAGGAAAUUGACCCGAAACACUACCAUAGGUAUGGUCGCAGGCGCACCCGAAAACUCAUUUGAUGAUCGAACACAAGCCGUGACACCUGAGUUAUUUAUUAGUUCCUUAACGACGCCAAGCAACAGUCCGAAUUUAGACGGAAUAAAACGCCUCUUCGAUGCUUCCGGCAAUGAACUGACCGAUGUUAGGAGUGUUAAAGCUAAGCUACGAACACCGCGUACUAGAAUGUCACUAAAAAACGACCUAACAAUAUCAGGUACAAAGGGGGUCUUUGCCAAAUCUCCCAAGAAUCGAUUAAGUUAUGUGGAAAUAAACGAUUUGCGCAGGGUGUCUGGUGUAAAGCGACUUAAAAGCAUGCGAAAACAAAAGUCACCCAAAAAUACCUUAGAGGAUGUGCGAGGUGUGAAGAAACUAUUCGGUCGCAGUCCACGAAAUGACCUUCGUAAUAUAUCUGGUGUAAAGGAGGCAUUGCAAAUUAAUUCACCAAGAAAUGACUUAUCUGACAUGAGAGGAGUACGUCGUAUGUUUAGGCUCCAGAAUGAUCAGUUUAGAAGUAACGUCAGCGGUGUGAAGGAGCUGUUCUCCGAAACUACUUCUUUGGAUACAACAUUCGACCUAUUGAUGGGGAAAACUCCAGUACGCACUUAUGGUAGAGCUGCCAGUCUUAAGAAAAGCACAGUCAAGCCUAAAACGCGUAAAACUAAAUCCUACCUUGACCCUCUGGAUUCAUCCAACAUCGAUGUCAAACAAUGGAGCAAACAACGGAGACUAGUAAAAGUGUACAGUGAACACUCGUUGCCCAUUAAAAAGCGGUCGUUGGUUAAUAAGAGUAAUAAUGAAAGUCGAUCCAAUUUACCAAUCAAGAAAAGGGCAGUGCAUUCAACACCUAUGAAGAACAACAUCACUCUGAACGUAUCGGGACUUUGCGAUGGACGAGUAUCGCCUAUUGCCUCGACGUCGAAAACUAGAGCCAUUGUCCACACAAGGGCGUCAAAGCUACACAACUCCACCUUAAAUAAUGAAACAGGAACAAAUCAAAAGCAACAGAAUUCCACGUAUGAAGUUAAUGAGACAUUGCCAGUAAGUAAUCAUACGUCAAAAGAAACACGAAGCUUAUUAAAAUCAUUGCGAUUUAUGGAUUCAAUUGCAGACACCUACCCUGUAAACACUGAAUCGACAAACAUUUUAGAAAAAUCUAUGCCACAAGAUGACAGUCAGACUCGAGCAAAAUCUCGAAGGGUCCAAGAAAAAAGUUUAAAACAAAAAGAUUUGCAAGAAACACAAGUAGUACAAGAUAGUAGUUUGCACACUAAAAAAGUUAAUUCUCACAGUGAGACAGUGGAAAGUGUGCGUUCAACCCGAUCAAGUCGGAAAAAAACUGGCGACGAAAGUCAUAAUUCUCACAGUGAGACAGUGGAAAGUGUGCGUUCAACCCGAUCAAGUCGGAAAAAAACUGGCGACGAAAGUCAGACAACAAAUACUACACUUAAUAAAACUUCAUCCAAACGUCAUCCAAUCCAAGUGAGUACAAAACCCCCCACUGCAAAAGCUAUACAAACUCAAGUCAAACCAAGAAAAACGAAAUUAAAAGAUAAUAAAAAUGCUACACAAAAUAAUUCUCCUUCUGACGAUCAUACAAAUAUUGACAACAUUAGGGGUACUCGAAGUCAAUCAAAGGCAGUGCAGGAAUCGGCUUCCGUUCAAGUCAAUACUACUAGUAAAGACAAAAAACGUAGUCCAGCAAAUACAUACCCCAUAAAACGGCGUAUCUCGGUAGGCAAAAAGGCAGUGAACUCUAAACCUGUAGCCAAUCGUAAAAAGGCCAAAGACGACUCAAAAGAGGUCAAAGAUAAAGAACCUUUAAAAACUGUCCGUUCAACGCAAAAACGCGCUGCACCACCUAAAAAAUCUAACCAAACAGAAGUGGCGGAAGCAAUCUCGCCAAAUCCGACAGGCCGGAAAACUCGUUCAGUAAAAGCUAUUGGAGCAUCAAAUGCAUCAAAACAUAGAGUAUCCCUUGUGAUUCCUUUAAAAACACCCGCUGUUCCUGUCUCCGUGAGAAAAACUCGAAGGAGAGUCCAAGAAGCGCAAGCGCAAGACCUUGUGGAAAAACCAAAAAGCAAUAAUCUCGUUCCGAAACAUGUUUCUCCUAAAGCCGGAGUAGUAAGAAAAGGUGUUGCAUCUAUGGCCCAAAGCAAAACAGUUAAGGCUCAGCCGGCAGAUGUAAAGAAUAAUGUCAAAGCAAAAGGCAAAGAAACUACGAGCAAAGCUAAGCAAGCAAAAAUUCAAUUAGAAAAACAAGAGGCUAAUCUUGACGCUGAGAAACCAAAACGUGGACGUAAAACACCAGUACCUGAGUCAAAUAUUAAUUCUACGGCGAAACGAAACAAGAAUAAUCCUGUUGAAGAUGUGUCGAAAGUCAAGGUCAACCAAGGGAAAGAAAAAAGCCAACUUGAAGUUAAAGAGAAAGUCGAAACCGAAAGAAAGAAGACACGUAGUCAGAAGGCUGAAAUACCUCAGCCUAGUGGAGAAGGUCCAAGUGGGACAGCGUUAGCUCAAAGAACAAGGGGAAAAAAGGAGAUCCCAGCGAAAACCCCCACCGCGCCAGCAAACCGCAAAAGAAAAUCAGACGACGUGACAACCCUUGAUCAAGGUCAGUCAGGAACAAGCGUCGGUGGAAAGAGACAGAAGGCUGCGAAUGUACCUUCGCCCGCGCCCGCUCGUGUUACUCGUGCCAAAGCCGCAGAAGCGGUUAAAAGCACACGCGGCCGUAAAAGAUAA